AUGACUGGUGGUGUUUACUGGAGUAUAAUAAUUGACGUAUUAUUUUUUGUAUCCAUGCAGGAGGCAAAGGAAUCGAGAAAGAGAAUCACGUAUUUUAGUACGGAACACCCCCGAGCAGUGUAUUUCGACACUAAAUAUUUAAGCUACAUCAACAUUACAUCCCGACGACACAGUCGAGCAGAUCCCUUCUACUAUGUCGACCUUCAUUUAAACAUUCUUGUGCCGGUUGGUGACAAUGUUACUGUAAGCUUUUAUUUUUACGAGUUGCUCACUAAUGUUUACAAACGCGGCUUCAUUGAAAUGCACAAGGGUGUGUGUAAUCUGAUUCUGAAUGAUAAAUUCUUCGGCGGUGCUAUGAAAAGAAAUUUUAAUACAACGCAAUUACGCUGUCCCUUUCCAAAGGUUGUCGAAAAUGAAGAGAUGAAAUAUCUCGACGCAAAGCCAAUAGGUCGAGUCUCUCACAAAGAUGUUGAUUGCCAUAUUGGCUGGCUGCUCGGUUCUGAAUUCGGUCAAAUGUAA